AUGGAUGGAACUAAUCCUGAGACUCCCAAUGUUCACUCGCCAGAAGACAUCAACGACCUCUUCGACUAUGAUGUUGGCUUAGACGAGAUAUUACAGGAGCUGCCGGCAAAUACCGGUGCUAAUGCACCUAGAUCAUCUAUCGCACCUGAGACUCCGGGCUUGAAGUUAGGGCUUGAAGAGGAGGUAAAAGUCACUAGGAAACGACAGCCUGUUGCUAAGUUAGACGAGAGUCGUCUUUUAUCACAGGCUGGGAUACCAAAACUACGCCGCAUGGCGAGGCAAAAAUUGAAGUUCAAGGGAAAAGGACACGAGUUCUCUGAUGCAGCGCGCUUGCUGAACCUUUACCAGUUAUGGUUGGAUGACCUAUUCCCACGGGCAAAGUUUGCCGACGGCUUAGCUAUAAUCGAAAAACUUGGUCAUUCCAAGCACUUACAGUCUAGGCGAAGGGAGUGGAUAGAAGGGGAUAAUCCAAAACGUCAGAUAAUUGACUUACAAAAUCAGUCACCUUUAUCAUCAUCCAAGACACUGGUGGACAAAUAUGACAAAUUGAGAAUGACUCCCCACGAAUCAGAAGGUGCAAGCUGUGUCGCGCCCAACCAGGUGCAAUUCCGCUCAGUACACCACACAUGGAUACAACCGCCCGGAGAAACCAGUGAUUAUAAUCUCCAAAAAUCUAUGCCAGCUCAUAACGAAGUGCAGCAUACAAUUGAUCAACAUGUCACAGAUGAUGAUCUGGACGCACUCUUGGAGGAACAGGUGAAUGGGGUUAGCCUUCAGCAAAAGUAA